AUGUCUUCUGUAGCUGCUCAACAAUUUCUUUUAUUAGCUAAAUCAGUUCGUGGCGCAGCGGCUGUUGAUUUAGUAACUCGUGUACUUGACCAUCCCGAUAUAUUUGGUUUCGAUGAAUUUCUUCGUCUUGAAUCACUUGUGAAUGCUCUCAAGCAAGAUCAUUUACUUGUUUUAUCGACGUUAGAAUUAUUUGCCUAUGGAACAAUAUCGGAUUAUGAAUCGCAACGUUCACAUUUUAUUAAUUUAUCUCCAUUAGCACGACGUAAAUUACAAUUGUUAACGUUGGCCUCACUUGCUGUUCAUGCUCGAGUAUUACCCUAUGAACUGCUGUUAAAACAACUUCAAAUUGAAAAUAUACGUGAACUUGAAGAUUUAAUUAUCGAUGGAAUCUAUGCUCAAGUUAUACGUGGAAAAUUAGAUCAAUUAAAUAGCCAUCUUAAUGUUGAGUUUGCUAUAGCACGUGAUGUUAAUUCAGCAGCAUUGAAUCGUAUAGAAAAUAUACUAGGUAAAUGGUGUUCAAAUUGUGCAGCACUAUUAAAUGUUUUGAAAUAUGAAGCAAAAACUGCUAAUCAAAAGAAGAAAAAAUCUUUAGACGAUCAAGACAAAUACGAUAAAGAAAUGUUAUCAAUGAUUAAAAUAGUUGAUUUACAAGGACAACAACCUGGUGGUGGAAGUUCAAAAAGAGAUAAUUAUGAAAAUGAUAACAAUUUAAAUUCAUUACAUAAUCUUUCAAAUAUCAUUACUGGUAAUGCAGACUCCAAACAAAGUGGAGCGAAAAAAUCAGCUAGAAAUAUUGCUAAACGAGUUCUUCGACCAUAA